CAUGCCUUUUUCCCUCCUUAUUUAAAUUCUAGCUCAAACCCACAUCUCUUUACUCAAAACUACACAACUUAAGGGUUCAUCUAUUAUCUUUGCAUCAAUGGCAAUCUCCCAAACUUCAAACAAACUCAUUCUAAAACCAAUUAACCUAAUCAACCUCUUCACCUUCACCACCACCACCGCGACUUCCUUCGCGUCUCCUCCUUCAUCAUCCAAGUGCAUGAUGGAAGAAAACAUCAAAACCGCAGAAACAAUCAUCCACAAAUGGAAUAUCGACCGCCAUUCUCACUCCAAAUUCGUCUCCAUCUUCCAUGAAAACAACAAAGAGGCCAAAGUUUUCAUCGACUGCGUCAAACGACUGCACAAGGCGAUGCUUUUCCUCGCAUCACACAAUUCGAAAUCAGAUAACCUCAACGUUGCUCAGCGAUUGAUGCAAAUCGCAAUGAAACGGCUCCAGAAAGAGUUUCAUUUUAUUUUAACAGAUAAUCAUCAACACUUGGAGCCUAAAUCGGUUGCAAUCUUGUCACCAUCCAUUAUUGGUACAGAAGAACAACAAAAAAUGCAUGUCUCACUUGGUAAACAACCGUCCGCGAUUGCAAUUUCAAAUCUCCGGUUAAUCGCUGAUGCGAUGAUCAGUUGCGGUUACAGCAAAGAAUGUAUCAGCAUGUACAAAAUCGUACGAAAAUCAACAAUCAACGAAGCUCUAUUUCAUCUCGGAAUCCAGCCGUACACUCAAUCUCACAUUAAAUCGAUGACAAACGCUUCACAUUUCGAUAAUCAUGUCAAAAUCUGGUUGAAUGCCGUUCAAAUCGCAGUGAAAACACUCUUCAACAGCGAGAAGUUUCUCUGCGAUCAUGUUUUCGCUUCACACACAGCAAUCAGAGAUUUGUGUUUCGAGAAAUCAUCGAAAGAAGGAGCGUUAAAUCUGUUCAUGUUUCCUGAACUCCUCGCUACGCGAUGCAACAAACUGAAAUCCGACACAGUUUUCGUGUUGAUCGACUUGUACAAUUCGAUCUCAGAUCUCUGGCCAGAAAUCGAAUCAAUCUUCUCGAACAAAUCCGUUUCGUCAGUGAAGAUUCAAGCUCUUUCGUCUCUUCACAUGCUUAGCAACUCCAUCAGAACGUUCAUCGACAAUUUUCAUUCGUCAAUUCAAAAGAAUUCAUCUAAACUAACAGUCUCUGGUGGUGGAAUUCAUCCUUUGAAUAAUUCAGUCAUGACAUACUUAUCAUCUCUGGCUGAUUACAGUAACGGGACUACUGCACUAACCGAUGACUUGCAGUGCAAGCAACACUCAUUGUUUGUUACUUCAUACUUAGACAGCCUGAACACAGACGAAACAUCUCACGUGGCGGUUUCCGCCACGUUUGAAUGCAUCAUCCUUAUGCUCCUCUGCAAGCUGGACAUGAAAUCUAAGUUCCAUAACUACACGGCGUUAUCGUAUCUCUUCCUCGCGAACAACCUUCAUUUCAUUAUCGAAAAGGUGCGAGUAACGAAUCUGAAGUUUAUUCUAGGAGACGAAUGGAUAGCGAAACAUGAAGAGAAGUUGAAGGAGUAUGUGUCAAGUUACCAGUUAGUGUCAUGGAAUAAGGUGUUUUUAUGUUUGCCGGAGAAUGCAAUGGAAUCGCCGGAGAAGGUGAGGGAUUGCUUUAGGAGGUUAUGCUCGACUUUUGAAGAGGUGUACGGGAAGCAAACGUCGUGGAUUGUGGUGGACGAGAAGAUGCGCGAGAAGAUGAAGGCGUCUAUAGCAAACAAGUUGGUUCCGGCUUAUGGUGCAUUUUACGCGAAACAUUUGAUGACUUUAAGUGGAGACGAGAGGUGUAUGAGAAUGUUAACUAGGCUUUCGCCGGAUAACAUGGAAGAAUACUUGUCCGGGCUGUUCCUGGGAACAUCUACGAUUUUAAGAUGCUCGCAGACGCCUCAUGCUUCUCGGAUUGUCAAUAUAACGAGAUUCCUGUCUCUUUCGGUGAUGCAAGAAAAUACAGUAACGCGUUGGUGGCUAAACGUACCCCAUGUAAGAGGGUACCUCUAGCAACACCCUAAUAUGAUUUAACAUUUACUUGCAUUUUUAGAAAUUUUAAAAUAUUACAAAUGUAUACAAAUAAGGUGGAAAUAUUAAGAGUAACAUAUAAAUGAUAUAAUCAAACU